UCUCAUUACUUACUUACUUCCAGUGAGAAGCGUUUUAAAGCUUAACCAAAAAAAAUUCAUUCUUCGUAUUUUUCGUGAAAAUCAACUUAUUCCUUUGUAAAAUCAUCUAAAAAACCAAAAAUCAUGUCAUUUAUCCCACAUUUGCAUCACACAACUCCCGUACUUUUCCGCGACUCAUCUUUCGAUCGUGACUACCUGCCCGACUCGUAUCACCAUUUUGGACUUGGCGUGCAUCCAAUUUAUCGCAGGUCGUUUUCUCUUCCCGCCAAUCGUCGUCAUGAUCCGCCGCCGGUUGUCACAAAAGACGGUUUCGAAGCCCACAUGGAUGUUUUUGACUUUGCCCCGAACGAGAUUACGGUGAAAACUUACGACACUCCUCGAACUGUCGUCAUCGAGGGCAAACACGAGCCUCGCAAGGAUGGAUCGGAUUCAAUUGACACUGAACGUCGUUUUACCCGAAAAUUAAUUGUUCCGCCGGAGAUUGAUUUCCAUUCGCUCGUCGCCACACUCAGCUCUGAUGGGAUUUUGUCGAUUCGGGCACAGAAAACAAGCGACUUGAACGAACGUGUUUUGCCGAUUUUACAAACGGGGCCUGCGAAUAUCAACAUUAAGCAUCAAAUUUGAGGAUUUUCUGUGAAAAUUUUUUAUUUUAAUUGCUCGAUUGCCUCGAAAUUUGUGAUUUUUUUUGUUUUAAUUAAAUUUAUUUGUGAAAAUUUCAGUGAUUUUUCCUUAAUUUAUCAAAAAUUUAAUAAAAAAAAAAUAAAUAAGUUAAAUUUCAAAAUUUAAAAAAAAAAUUAAAGUAAAG